AGGAAAGGCAUCGAUAAAAUUGAAAAUGAAGAGAAAGUGAAGCAAGGAUGUCAAACAGAUUCUGCAGAUGCUGAAAACCCAGAGGACCACAAAAAGCUUAGCAGAUAUGACAGGUCCUGGCCUGGCCACCAAUGGCGGUGGUGGAGCUGUGGAGGGCUCGAUACCGCAGAGAAGGGACGAAGGGUCAGUCAUCAAUCCACCCUCGGCCGACCACGUCCGGCGGAAGCUCAAAUUCUUCUUCAUGAACCCAUGCGAGAAAUUCCAGGCUCGUGGCCGCAAACCCUGGAAGCUAGGUGUGCAGAUCCUGAAGAUAGCGAUGGUUACUCUACAGUUGGUUCUCUUUGGGCUCAGCAAUCAGAUGGUUGUUCUCUUCAAAGAGGAGAAUACUGUGGCUUUUAAGAACCUCUUCAUUAAGAACUACGUGGAUGGUACCAGCAGUGACUUUGCAAUCUAUACCCAAAGUGAAGUGUACGAGUAUCUUUCCUUCAUAUUCAGUCAGUAUGUCAAACUGCAUAAGAUUUCUGUUGGUAACCAUGCUUACGAAAGGCGAGGGAGUGACCUGAUGCCGUUGACGGUGUGUCAGUAUUUCUACAAGCGGGGGAGUGUCAGUCCUGGCAACGAAUCAUUCAACAUUGACCCAAUGGUGGAGAAAGAGUGCCUGGACAUCAAACCAACGAGCCAAAGCCUCCGUGCUCUGCUGGUGGACGGGAAGCUGAAUUUGACUCUGCAUUUCCACAGACUAUUAAUGAUUCAAGUCCAGUUUAAACUGAAAACCAUCAACCUUCAAACCAUCCGGCGUCAUGAGCUACCCGAUUGCUACGAUUUCCUUGUCACUAUAACCUUUGACAAUAAAGCUCACAGUGGAAGAAUUCAGAUUAAUCUGGACAACGAUAUUUCCAUUAGGAAAUGCAAAGGCCGACAUGUAACGGGAGAGGCACAAAGGAUGACCCACUCCAUGAUCUUUGACAUCUUUAUUGUUGGAAUUUGUGUGAUCUCGCUGAUCCUGUGUACACGGUCUGUGGUGAAUGGGAUACGGCUGCAACACGAGUUUGCCCAGUUUUUCUCGCUGCACUACAAUAAGCAGGUGACGUGGAGCGACCGCUUGGAGUUCCUGAAUGGUUGGUACCUUCUGAUCAUUGUGAGCGACCUCCUGACCAUUACUGGAUCUAUUCUGAAAAUGGAGAUCGAAGCCAAGAAUUUUGCAUUGUAUGAUGUCUGCAGCAUUCUGCUGGGAACCUCCACCUUGCUUGUUUGGACUGGUGUGAUUCGAUACCUGGGCUUCUUCCAGGAGUACAAUGUCCUGAUUUUGACCCUCCGGGCAGCGUUUCCUAACGUGAUCCGUUUCUGCUGCUGUGCCUCCAUGAUCUACCUGGGCUACUGCUUCUGUGGCUGGAUCGUGCUGGGACCUUAUCACAAGAAGUUUCGAUCGUUGAACAUGGUGUUGGAGUGCCUCUUCUGUCUCAUGAAUGGCGACGACAUGUUCUCGACCUUCGCUUCAAUGCCGGACAAGAGCUACCUGGUCUGGCUGUUCAGCCAGCUUUAUUUGUACUCCUUUAUCAGCCUCUUCAUUUACAUGGUGCUGAGUCUCUUCAUCGCCCUCAUCACUGACACCUACGAAACCAUUAAACUGUACCAGCAGAACGGGUUUCCACAGACAGACCUGCACAUGUUCGUAGCAGAGUGUAAGGACUUGCCGGAGUCUGGGAGGUACCGGGUGGAAGAGGAGGUUCCUUUCUCCCUCUACUGCUGUUGCAACAGGUUGAAGUUAAAGACAUAGAAACCUGACAUUCUGAAUCUGUGCAGGAGAGAAACUCUGACACUGGGUGAAGUGAAUGGUGGGUGGGGGGGGGAAUAAAUUAUCUGUUUUUAUAUUCACUUUGGUCGGAUAUGUGACUUGUUUCUAAGCUGUAAAAGGCCCUUGGACUAAGGUGCACGUCCCCCUCUGUUCUGAAGGAAUUGGCCAUGCCGUUAACCAGUCCAGACCAGGACAGGUAGUGUACAUAUCCAGGACUGUGACUUCAACUGAAGUUGUCUCAAGGUCACUUGGCCUUGUGUCAUCUUUAACCUCGAGCCUUUGGACCAGAAUCCUUUAACUUUAUGGCACUGGAGAAUAAAACAGAAGUCUGGAUGAGGGGCUUUUGAGCUUGCUGAAUGGGCUGAAGGGGAAUGUACACUGUGACCAUGAGGAAAAACACUUUGUAACUAGAAUAAACCACUGUACGUUUGAGUUUGAAAACCUUAGUCCUUGUGUAAACCACAAUAAACGCUGGAAAUUGCCGGUAUUGGGGUCGGUCUCCGCUAACUCCGUUGCGUAUUUCUGCUCACUGUCUGUGUUCCUUUCUGUUGGCACUGGGGACUGAAGGGCACACAAGCUGAACGUCACUUUAGUUGGUUGAAUUACUCAAAGAUAUCCCUGAAUUCUGGUGAUAAGGAAAUACUCCACUGGACUGGAUAUUUGUCUCUGAAUUGUAAAAUGGUCUAUAAUUCAAGUAUUUGUUUUUAAUUAAAGAACCAUGUAUAAUUGAGAAUUAAUCUGUACUGAAAAAUUUGACAACAGACCAGGGAUGUUGUAAAUUAAGCCUGAGA